UUCUUUGGGCCUGAAGGACUUGAUCAUUUCCUCCCCUGAGCUAACAGUUCAUGUGGGUGAUUCGGCUCUGAUGGGAUGUGUCUUCCAGAGCACAGAAGAGAAACGUGUGACUAAGGUAGACUGGAUGCUGUCACCAGGAGAGCAUGCCAAGGAUGAAUAUGUGCUGUACUAUUACGCCAACCUCAGUGUGCCUAUGGGGCGCUUCCAGAACCGUGUGCAUUUGGUGGGGGACUUACUACACAAUGAUGGUUCUCUCUUGCUCCAAGAUGUGCAAGAGGCUGACCAGGGAACCUAUACCUGUGAAAUCCGCCUGGAAAGGGAGAGCCUAGUGUUCAAGAAAGAAGUGGUGCUGUAUGUGCUACCAGAGGAGCCCAAAGAGCUCAUGGUCCAUGUGGGUGAUUCAAUUCAGAUGGGAUGUGUUCUCCAGAGCACGGAAGAGAAACAUGUGACCAUGGUAGACUGGAUGUUCUCUUCAGAAGAGCGUGCCAGGUUCAUGCCUUGCAGUCCAGAGAAUUCUACAGCCUUGGUGAAAAGCCUGGACAACACAAAGAAAGCUAAUCCAGAGAAACACAUUUACUUCUCAAUAACUGCACAGGAGGUGAUGGAGGAAGAAGAACCAAGUGAAAAAUCAGAGGCUACCUACAUGACCAUGCACCCAGUUUGGCCUUCUCUGAGGUCAGAUCUGAGCAACCCACUUGAAAAAAAGUCAGCUGGGGAAAUGCCAAAAACAAAGCAAGCUUUUUGAGAAGAAAGGAGAGUUCCCUUCAUCGUAGCAGUGGCAGAGACCCUUUCCUCUGCACGUGCCGAGCCGCUGCACCAGUUAUUUCCAACCCCCCACCCUCCCAGUUGUCCUCCCUCGUUGCUUGGUCAAAGGGCUGAAGAUGGAGGGGUUGGAGCCUGGCAGAAAGACUGGACAGUUCUGGAGGAACAGGCCCUGAUGAGGGGAGGGGGAGCAUGAACUUGGCUGCUCUGGCGUGGACACUGGCCCUGGGGAACCUGGCUGAGCUGCCGUGGUGGCCUCAAGCACUUCAUCGGAUCAGACCCUUCACAUGGGUAGUGUUCUUUGUGGAUGAGUUACUGGGAAGCCUCACAGAGAUAGAGACCAACCCUAAUGAUUCCUUUGGUACAUUAUCCCUCAAUAAACAUGGUUUGUGGAAAUCA